AGAAAAAGAGAGAGAGAGAGAGAGCGAGCGAGAGAUCUUCUCCUUCCUUUGGAAAACCCCAUUUGCUAUCGCGCUCGUUCAAUCGCUGGAAACCCUCGCAGGCUCGUAAAGCGUUUGCUUAGACGAUUCCACUGUACUGCUGCCUCCCUCUCCUCCCUCUCCUCCCUCUCCUCCCGCUGGCUCCGAGGAGUUCCCCGUCCCGUGUGUGCCAUGAAUCUGAUGUCUCAUGUGAUCUGAGCCUAACAGCAGCAGCAGCAGCAGCAGCAGCGAGGCUUGGAAUGACCGCUGCUGCCAGCCUUGCUGAUCGACUUGACGCACAAUCAAGACAGGAUAAGCACUGCUUUUGAGAUAAGGGUUCGUUAAAUUGUGAAAACAUGCAGGAGAACUUGACAGAAACACAGACCCCGACUUCAUCGAGGGCAUCGUCGUUUUUUAUCGAGAAUUUACUGGGCAAGGAGUGGGGCCGGCAAGGACCGAUGUCCAACAACGAUCCAGGGGAAAUUGGACUGGAAAUGUUCUCAGCUGACCGAGUCCUGGACCCACACCUAACGCACCGUCAUGGCUCCAGCUCCACGGGCCGAUCGCCACACAGAGACUCGCCGCUGCCCGAGUGUCACCGUGGGGCAGCUGCCAUGAACUUCAGCGCGUUGGAGACACCGCACACUCUAAGAGACAAUCCAUGUCCAGAAGACAACUGCUGCUCAGUAACGACCAGUGACAGAGGUUCACCCGCCGUGUCAGAGCCAAUAACGGAGGGCAGCGAUGAGAUCGACCGGAAAACAGGAGACAGUAACCUGACAGACGAGGACGCGCCGCACGCGUUCUCGGAGCAGGACGCGUCGUCUGACCCGAACCCCAGCCGGAAGAAAAAGACCAGGACUGUGUUCAGCCGCAGUCAGGUGUUUCAGCUGGAGUCGACUUUUGACUUGAAGCGGUACCUGAGCAGUUCGGAGAGAGCGGGACUGGCUGCGUCUCUGCACCUGACGGAGACCCAGGUCAAAAUCUGGUUCCAGAACCGCAGGAAUAAGUGGAAGAGGCAGCUGGCGGCGGAUCUGGAGGCUGCUCACGUCCAAAACUCAACCCAGCGGAUUGUCAGGGUCCCCAUCUUGUAUCACGAGGGAGCAGCGCCCACGGCGGCUCUGGGCUUCAGCCUGACCGGACACCCAGUCUCUCCACUCAGCAGCUCCAUGAUCAGCUACCCAUUGUCCUCGUUUGCUCACUCCAUGAGUCUGCUGAGAUCACAGAUGAGUGGCCUGGUGUAAAGACUGACCAUGACUUUAAAACGAACUCAUUUGUUAACAACACCGAAUCGUGCAAUAGCCCACAAUUAAACUGCUGACUGCAUCCAAAAAGCCGCAGAAACAGUGAUUACAAGAUAAACUCCGACAUAUCUGCUCCUGUCACUGCACAGGAGGUGAAUACACACAUAUUUUUUAAAACUUUGAUAUUUAAAGCCACAGAUGUUUCCAACUUUGUCACUUUUUCACAUAGAUAAAUAAAAUUAUUUAAUAAAA